CACAUUCCAUCUCUAGUUCUCUACCCCUGUAGGUGUAGCUUGACCACUGAGAGAGUAGUAGAUAAGAACGUAAGUGAGAGACAACAGAUAGGUGUGGCACACACAAUGGCUUCGAUGCCAGUACUAACAUCAUCUCAAUGGCUUACUACUCAAUCCAUAAGAACCCAAAUCCCUUCAGCUUCUCUCAAUCUUUUGACAGGUUCAAGAAGAAGAAUUUCCAUCUCUUCCAAUGCAGCGAUCAAUCCCAAAGCUUGCUCUUCCCUGCUUCACUGCUCCUUUCUCUCUUCUUCCUCAUCUUCUCUCUCUUUACAUUCUUCAUUUUCAGGGUUAUCAUUGGGGAUGGAUUUUAGUUCAAAUAAUGGGGUUAGGAAUGAGAAAAGGCGAGGCCUGGUGGUUAGGGCUGGGAAGGCUGCACUUUGUCAAACAAAGAGGAAUAGGUCCCGGAAAUCUUUGGCUCGAACUCAUGGGUUCCGUCGAAGAAUGAGAACCACUAGUGGAAGAGCUGUAUUGAAACGUCGCCGUGCUAAGGGUCGGAAGGUCCUUUGCACCAAAUCUAAUCCAAACAGUGGGAAGCGCUAAACUAUUUCUUUUGUUUCAGUUUGCAGAAUUCUGUUAAUCUGAUCCUUUCUUCUAUGAUGUCUAAAGGAUAAUUUAGGCAAAACUUAAUCAAUCCAGCUUUUGUUGGUUCAAUUCGGCAUUAUUUGUUUAAGUGUUCUUGUAUUUGAUGAACCUCUUUGCAAAGUUAUAUGCUUUGGGCUGUUUUUCUUGCA